AUGGCGCAGUCCGCCGCUCUCAAGCUGCCUGAGUUUUGGGAGACGUCCGCCGCAACGUGGUUUGCUCAGGCGGAGGCUCAGUUCGCCCUCCGUGGAAUUACUGACGAUGACACGCGCUAUUACCAUGUCGUCUCGGCGCUCGGGAGCUCCACGGCGACCAGGGCAGUGAGUUUCAUUACUUCUCCUCCAGCCCACGGGAAGUAUGCGGGGAUUAAGGCAUAUCUGCUGAAGAUUUUUGAACUGUCACGAUCCGAACGGGCCCGACGCCUCCUUUCUAUGCAGGGCCUGGGGGAUAGCAGGCCCUCAGAACACAUGGAGGUGAUGUUAAACCUGCUGGGCAGUGAAGAGCCAAAUUUCCUCUUUGUGGAACUGUUUCUGCGACACAUGCCACCUCACGUGCAGACGGCUCUCGCGAAUACAGCCAUUACGGAGCCACGUGCUCUGGCGGAGGAGGCGGACCGGUUCUUCCUGGCCACCCAUCGUUUCGUCCCUGACGUGUUGGCCCCGACACGCAGCUACACCCCCCCUGCUGCGGCCGCUCUGCCUGUUAGGGGGCGCAUGGUGACUGACGGCCCGGCCAGCCCUGGGUUGUGCUACUUCCAUGCACGUUUCGGGGCCAAAGCUAAGAGGUGCCGCUCCCCAUGCAGUUUCAACGCGACGGGAAACGCCAAGGCCUGCGCUCAGUAG